AUGGCAAUCUAUCCACUGACCGAUCCCCCUCUCAACUUGGGCAACAUUUCGCAAGCGAAUCUGAACCCAGAGAUUUCAGCAGCAGGUCAUACCCAGAUCACCAGUCGCACACUGCCUUUCAAUUUCAAUUUAGAUCCGAAGACAAUCGUCAGACUGCUCGUGGCGCAGGCGGCGAAGAACAAUGUUGACCUCGGUCCACUAGUCGAUCAAUUCAAUUAUGUGCUCGGUGAGGCCAGUACAGCAACAGCCAUCACGACGGCCGUCGAUACAGGCGCUGCGCCAUGUGUCAGCGGAACGCAAUUCGAUGUCUUUGGCGCGAUCCUUGCAGCUUUGAAGAACCUCGACGUGAACCUACAGAUCCAGUCCGGUCUUAGCUUGGACGACUACGCACUCAACCUGGCAUUCAAUCAAUUCAACAUUCCAACGAUAACCGAUCAGACAGCUCUUUACCUGAUUGGCGCCGUCGGUCCUACGAUCGUGCAACGACUGGUCGAUCAGGCGACGCUGACUGUCAACUACGCAGACGUCUUCAAUGUUACCAACAAUGGCUUCACUGCUACGCUUCAUGGUGUACUCGCUGACACUGGACCCUUUGAUGCCUAUAUUGGCUUCCCUGAAGGUCUUCUGAUCGACUGGAUGGGAAUGACGAUCGCCAAUAUUGCCCUGCCAAACCUGUGCGCCGCGGCCACAACGUCGAUCCCCAAUUUGGUGACAAACGGCAUCUUGACGAUUACUGAUCAGAAUGCUUUUGUGCAAUUCGCAACUUACAUUCUGCACAACCCUUCCUUCGAAUGGUUCUUGCACACGACUGCGCUCCAAGUCACAGCGCUCGGCACAAUUUUCAGCAACGUUAAUUUCGGCAAGACAAUCACCUUGCUCGCAUUCAAUGGUCUGCCCGGUGUCACUAUUAUGAAUUUCGAUCUGCCCGGCGAUGCUCCUAACAAUUUAGGCAUCAACAUCAAUACCGGCUCGAUGAUCCCCUCUCCCGCGCAAUUAGGCAUCGAUCUGGGCACAGCAAAUUUCGAGGCAGCCUUCAAUGGCGUCACUGUCGGUCCCAUUUCAAACACUGGUGAUCUAUUCUUGGCACACCAGGCAACGACUGCAGCUACGCUUGUCGGCUACAUCGAAGUGCAGCAGACCCAGGACGAGCGCAAUACGAUCGGUCUCCUGUUCAGCCAGUUCUUGCAGGGUCUAAAUUCGACCCUCGAUGUCACUGGAGUAUCGGUGGUUUCGACUGCUCAGCCAAAUUCGCCUGUUCAAUGGCUCACUACCGCGUUUAAGACGCUCACACUGCAAGUCACUUUGCCUGGCGUGGUCUAUACCAUCAUAGAUACUAUCGAGCUACUCGACUUGGAAGUCAACAUCCAGAACGCCGCUCAGGCCUAUGCGGUCGACACGUCAAACAAGCAGACCGAUGCAACCUACACCAAUCCAUUCACCUUCAGUUUGCAGGCCUUAACGGCAGCGGUGAUGAUUACGAUCACCUACCAAGGGGCAGCAACCGCCACACUCAAUCUACCAAGUCGUGAUGUUACUGCUGGUGUUACGAACGGCCAAGCUGCACCACUGGUUCUCAACUUUAGCAAUGAUACACUCAAUUCCGUCAAUGAUGGUUCAUUCAACAACUUCUUCCGCGACGUCGUCGACACGACCGGCGUGAGCUUUGGACUGGCUGGUACAGCCGAUGUCGUCGCCCGUACCAAGGCAGGCGAUUUCCCAAUUUCAGGCAUCCCCUUCGGUACUUCGACGCAAUACCCGACAGUCGCCGCCAUCACAUCUACACUCGUCGGUAUCAACGCGUUUAAUAAGGUGGCCACCAUCCCCAACACACCCAUCGUGGUCGGCACCGGCAAUGAUCCAUUCAGUGAAGCCGCUGGCAAUGGUUAUAUCCGCAUCGACAUUGAUCCCGUUCAGCUUGCGAACCCCUCAAACAUAUCUGCAUUCACCAAUCAAGUCUCACUUGAUGUCACGUAUCAGGGCGCCGCGGUAGGACCAGCUACAAUCAAUCCCCUCAAUCUCUUCCCUGGCGCAAACAACAUCUUCUCAGAAUUCCAUUUCACUGGGACAUCAGCAGCCUCACUCGUUCUCAUUACCAAGUACCUCACCAAUAUCCCCGAUCCGACCGGUGAACGCAUACCAAUCACGAUCCAAGGUUCGCUCGCUUCGUCGCCGUAUGGCUCUCUACAAGAAGCUCUGGCUGGCGUCACCCUUCAGUCAGAGUUCCCGGGCAUCGGCGCUCGCCUAGUCAAUGAGAUCACUGUUUUCGUCAACAUCGUUACAGUAAUCUGUAAGAGCAUGGCAACGUUCAGCUUCACCGUAAACAAUACGCUAUCUGCACCACUCGCUAUUCAAGCAAUCGCGGGUACAGCGUCGCAACCGGCAGCUUAUGUGCCAGGAGAGCAAAGUGGCGGUGAAGUGCCUUAUGCCGAUUUCGACUAUUCGUUCGCCAACAAUGGCGGACCGUUCUACGUCGAUGCCAAUUCCAUCUCUGGCGCAUCGCCGAUCGUCCCUGCGACACUACCACAGCCACUGCUACAGAAUGCCAACUUGUUGAUCAAUGCGAAUAAUGUCGGUGGCACGGCAGGCCUAGACGUCACCCUGAGUAUACAGACGCAAGUCCUAGACCCGACGCAAGCAGGCACACUCAAUGGAUUCCAGCUGACGAAUCUGGUCUAUGCGGAAGUGAUCAUUCCCUACAACGUCAUUUUCGUGGCCGACAAUGGCGCGGCAGAGAACACAGGCGACCCCAAUGCAGGCAUCAUCACGGCGCCAACCGGCGCCGGCGACUUCUUCGGUCUCGUAGCCACUGCGCUUGGUUCGGGCUUGGUCGGAUGUCUCGCCGAUGGCUCCUCACUGUUCCUGCCAGUAGUUGGCAACAUCGUCGACGGCAUCCCCGUCGUAGGCGGACUGAUCGGGCCAGUCCUGAGCGGUCUCGAGAACGUACUGUCCGGCAUCGGCAUCGCAAGCGAGUUCUUUACGUUCUUCACUACUGUGUCUGCUACCGACAGCGUAGUCUCAUUCAACCCGACAACUCUGUCCGGUAACGGAAUAGCGACCGAUUAUGCCACUCCAUCGAUUAUCAGCUCUCUCUACUCACAGUGCUCAUUGGCUGGCAAUGCUGCUUGUCAGGCAUCAGUUGCGGCGGGCGACAACGGUGGCGCUGCAGAGGGUGCAGCACUCGGCAGCUCGGCCGCUGCUAACUCGAGGGCUGCCUCCUCGAGCAUGGCAGCAAUCUCGCUUGCGUCGCUCGCGAAUGUCUCUUCGGUCGCUGCGAGCUUGGCUAGUGUUGCGAGCGCCUCAGUCGCGAGCGUCGCAAGCGAAGCAAGCGUUUCACUGGCCAGUGUCGCCAGCGUAGCGAGCGCGUCGCUGGCGAGUGUCGCCAGUGUAGCUGGGGUUGCAAGCUUGGCGUCCCAGACAGCAGCUGCAGCCUCGCUUGCAUCAGUCGCGUCGGUCUCGCUCGCGUCAGUUGCAUCUGCGGCAUCAGUGGCUGCUGCUGCCUCAUCGGCUGCUUCUGUCGCCUCUGUGGCUUCAGCUGCCGCUGCAUCUGCUGCAUCGAUCUCCGCGGCUAGUGUUGCCGCUGCAGCUGCCAGUAGUGCUGCUGCUGCUGCCGCUGCCGCCGCCGCCGCCGCCGCCGCCGCUGCCUCUGUGACGCCCGCACCUGUCGUCCGGCGCUCAGCCGCUGCGCCGCUCGAGACCGGUGCCGAUGGCCGGCUUGGAGUCAAGCUCACUUUAGCGGAGGCACUCGAGAUUGCAAGACAGCGCGACGCGGACCUAGAUCAAUAUGGAGAGAUCACACCUGCCGAGGCGAGAAAGAUACUUAAUCAAACGCCCGAUGCACGCGCAUUUGACACACUCGCAAUGACUCUAAUCUACAACAUAAUGAAAGUACAAAAGUAUGUCCGGCCUCGUCAUUGCAAGAAUGGUUGCCUGUAA